GUUCACCGCGCUAUUGGAAUAUAGUGAGCUACACUGCGGAUGUCGGGCAGACAUGAAAAAGAAGGAAAAAUCCCUGUAGAUGAUGAGGGUAUUCUUAAUUGUGUGACAGAAUAUGCAAACGUUAACAGUAAAUCUCGGCAGUUCGUUCGGUCCCAAGUUAUAUCGGAUGAUCAGUCACAAUUAUGUACUCAAUAUCCGUUGUGUCUCCAAAAUUCCCGCGUUCUGAAUAACGAUUGCGGUGAUACGUGUAUGACUAAAAAUAUUGACUCCAAAAGGCAUGGAGAGUCUGUAAGCGAAGAUCCAUCGAAGUCUUUUGUCUUUUCAAACAUGUCACAAUUUGGAAAUAAACAAAUACUUGGAGAUGAUUUUCGGACUUCACAUUCGGUUAAACGUCCUUAUGAAUCAUUCUGUUUAGUUUCAAACUCUUCUGCAAAGCGAAAUUGCUGUACUGUUGGGCAAGAUGAAUGUGAAGAACAGUCUCAUGAACCAUCGACAUCAAAUAAUCAAUUUGACAGCCUAGCUUCUCGUGGUUUCGAUUUAUCUUCGGAAAUCAGAACUACAGCUCGAAGGUCAGAAGAUCAUUCUUUACCUUUGGCUCACAAUUUAACCUAUGAAAUUGGAGUAAUAAAUGAAGUCCCGGAUAUUGCGCUAAAACUAACAGAGAAUAAAUACCGGUCUGAGCGUAAAUCGCCUCCUUAUUGUGUAGCUCAUUCAUUCACGAUGGCUGAAAUGGAACAAGCUAAGAAGUUAGAAAAGGACGAAAAUCUUAUUCCGUUUUUUUCCCCCCUCAGUAAGUCUCGGGCUCCUUCUUCGGCAGUUUCACCAGAAUCUUCAUAUGGCAACUCUGUAGUUUCAAUUUCAAAACGGAAUAGCAUUUUUAUUGGUUCCGCUGCACAACGUUCCCGUGAUGUUAACAGGGACAGUUGUUUUAUUCAAGAAGCUGUUGAUAGCUCUGGUAUUUAUAUACCUGGAGUAGAUCUACUGAUAGACGACUCUGAAUGUGAGCCCAUCGAUCUUAUAUCUAGGUUCAGCAGAACUCCAAUUUCUUCACCCAAAAUAGUUGACCCCGGUAGCACGAUAUCAUGUGCUCUUGCUGGACCUCUCUCUUCGUCUCAUAUCUUCAACCAGCUAGAUUCCAAUGUCGCACAAAGACGUACAUCUUCGGCUGCGACAUCAUCGCUGAGUGCUGUUUCUGCCGGAAUGGAACUGAGUAAGGCUACGAAGGAACGUUGCGCACAGCUAAGGCAACGUCGGCGAGCACAACCAACUGAAAGACAACCAUUACCUGCUUUGCAUCUGCACCUAUCAAAAGAUGGUACAAGUCCCCUGCCUCCAGGGUGGCAAAGAGCACCAAAUACUAGGCGUUCGACAGAAGGACAAGAUCUAGGGGAUAGUUCUGGCACAUAUGCUUAUUAUUAUUACCAUGUUCGAACUCGUCAAACUAGGUGGGAUCCACCUGUAUAUCCAUGGGACGCCGAUCCUACGGAUACUCUUCUUGGUGAAACCGGAGAGGAUGACCCGGAAGCUCCUUACAAUUGGGGAUGUGCGUCGCGAUUCGCUGUCACACACGAAGAAAUUGAAGCUAUGUAUAAUCGCGUGCGUCAACGAAUAUUGGAACGUCAGUGCAUUGAUCUUCUGCAUGAAUUGGCAGGCAGACCAGAUGCUCCUCAGGAUGUAACUGAACAAGGCUUUGCCAUGGAAGUUAGUCCUUUUAUUUUUCUCAUGUGUUACUUUUUUGUAAAUUAAACACUCCUACUGUUAAAUCAGAGACGUGCGAGUAAUUAGAAUAAGGUGUUUUAUCCACUUGGAGUAACAUUUUAAGGAAGGCCAGGCUAUGAAGACCGUAUUGCAUGUAUGAAAUUAUUAACUGAUAUAACGUGUGUAAGAUAGCCUCAUCAUUACAAGCUAGAUUCAAGAACUGUUGAAUAUGUAUGAUAAUUUUAUCCAAACACCUAGAUUACUAUGGACCACAGCUUGUCAUGCGAACUUGGACGUAAACUACACUUACGUCUUAUAAAAUUCAUGAGGAUUCUUGGAAUUAUCGGCUAAAUAAUCUGUUGUUUACCACCUACAUAUAGAAUCGGGCAACUUAUUUUGAUAAAUAGCAUAGUCGGUUUUUUAAAAAUACAUUAAAAAUAUUGCGACUGGCUAGAUGAACAAACUACAAUAUUUUUAUUUCAGUUAUUCACUUUGGUCCACAAUACGUUACGUGGCUUUCGUGAUGCUCGAUGUAAACUUGGUCGUAUCGUUAACGAUGAAGAUUUAUACUACUUAACAAAAAAGCUUGCUCAGGCCGUAAUCCUAAAAGAAAUACAGAAGUUUCAUCAAGCCCAGGCAGCGAACACUUCUUUAUUUUCAACUGUUCUUACUCCUGAACUUCCUUCGACAGUGCGAUCAAGAGUUACCACUUAUGUUAGGCGAUACAUGGAGUCUAAGGGAGCAUUCUAUCGUCGCCGAGUUCAGCUAAUACCUGCAACAGGUAUUUCUCGUCCGGAACAGGCAGCUCAUCUAAAACCAGAUCCUGCUAUUUUUAAGCCAUCUGUCAACAGUAGCAUGCGUUCUCGACCUGUAACGCAUCCUCAGAAUUUCAGCAAUGUAUCUCACCAUACAAAUUAUGUGGACAAUGCUUUUUCGCAAUCUGCUCCUCCCAUUAAUACUACUGCAGUUAUUCCAGCGCGCCGCUAACAACUCAAAAGUAUUGCUUCCGUCAAUAAUAUCUGUAAUUGUAUAUUUUUAGAGGGUUCCUUUAUUCAAGUUGCUAUUUUGGAUUUUUAUCCACUUGUUGCUUUAUAGUUAAUUUCCCUAUCAUAGUGGUCAAGUCUAAGACAGGUGUUAGCACCGCAUAUUUUAUCGUCCUGCCCUACAUGAAAGUGGUUAUGUCGGAUACUCGACAACUAGCUUGCGCUUUAAAUAUGGAAAUUAUUAAUUUUUAUUUAAGUCUUUUGUAAAUAAACUUACAAACUGAUUCCUUUGCAAGCUCUUUAAUGUUAUUUUUUUCCCAAGUCUAUGGCCGUAUGUUGUUAUUGCCCAGUAAUCUCAUCAAGUAUGCAAUUUUCCUGUUUUCUAACUUUUGCAUGUAUUUAAUAAAAAAUGCAACGGCAGGUGUGAUACAGGUGUUAAUAUGAGAUUUGUACUAUUGAUUUGUAAUAAAAUUGUAAUGAGAAUCUAUAUUUUGUAAAUUUUUUUACGUUUCCGAUGUAAUAAUACAAUUUUGGUUAUGCUGAAA